AUAAAGAGUUAUCUGCCCUUCUGUGACGCAGCUGGUAAACAAAUUGUGUGUCGGCGUCCGUGUCCCACUCCAACAAGCUAUUAUUAUUAAGACAUGGAAUCUACAGAGUUCGAGUUUCCAGGUAUGACAAGUGAGAAACAUCCCGAAUGUUUCAACAUCGAGGCCAUGCCACCUCAACCGAAAGAGAAAAAACCUGGUCAACUUCCCGAUCACCUGAUCAAACAGUUUUUUGAAGAGGGUUAUAUUCUGGUAGAGGAUUUUUUCGACACUGAGAAGGAAUUAGAUCCAGUGAGAGAAGCCAUCAAUAAAUUGGUAGAUGGACUAGCUAAAAAACUUCACGAUGCUGGCAAAAUUAAAAAAUUAUAUAAAGAGUUUGGAUUUUUUGAACGACUAACAAAAAUUGAGGCGGAAUUUCCAGGAGCCAACAUUCUUCUGCACAAGAUGGGCAAGCUUCCACAGGCUUUCAGGGACCUCUGGUCAAAUGAUAGAUUAUUAAAUGUCAUCGAGCAACUUAUUGGUCCAGAUAUUGCGACGUCACCGGUCUGGAAUCUGAGAACUAAAACACCGAAGAAUAAUGCAACUAUUGUACCCUGGCAUCAAGAUAGCGGAUAUUUUGACAAUCAGUCAUAUAAGGUUAUGAUACCAACGGCUUGGAUCCCCUUACUCAACACUGACGAUUUCAACGGAGGCAUGCAAGUGGCUAAAGGGGGUCAUCGGACUGGGAAGGUAGCAACACAUCAAUGUUGUUGGGGAAACACCUGGUACGUGAUGCUGGAGGAGGAAGAAAUGCAAAAAUCGUUAGGAGUGGACAUGGAGAAAGACGUCAUAACAUGUCCGGUGCCAUACGGAGGGAUGCUACUGUUCAAUAACCUGACUCCGCAUCGUAGUCUUCCCAACAUUUCUAAUCAAAUUCGCUGGGCACUUGAUCUUCGAUGGCAACGACCUGACCAGCCAUAUGGUUUAUUCAACCUGAAGGAUGGACUACUUCUGCGCAAAGACGGCAAAAACGUUGAACGAGACUGGGAGAAAUUCGAGUCUGUGGACAGAACCAUUGUACAAAAGAAAUCCGUGGAAGGCUUUGUUGAUCUCUUCGGAGGCGCAUGUCUGGGUUUGGGAAUUUUUGUCCUAGUGGACAAGAACGAGAUUUUGGUCCUGACCCGCAGCGUGGAUACCAGCAGUCUAGAUGUACCCUCCCUCCUAGAGUCAGCCGCCUAUGCCCUCAUUGCUGGGGGAGGAUUUAUCUUCUUUGUGGCCUUCUUAGGAUGCUGUGGCGCCAUCUUGAAAAACAAAUGCAUGCUGCUUGUGUACGCAGUUAUUGUGGGAUUGAUUUUUGCUGUGGAGGCCUCGGCGUGUAUCUUGGCAGUUCUUUACAAAAGUGAUUUUGACAAAUACGCAAAAAGCAAUCUGAACACUCUGUUGGAGACGAGAUACAAAGGACCAUACGACACCUCUGACGCCAUCAGCUUGGCUUUUGAUCUUGCAUUUAUCAUUCUGGAAUGUUGCGGAAUCGAGUCCGGUUUGGAAUUUAAUUCUACGGUAACGAGCUGGAAUACGACGUAUGUCUAUGAGUCUGGGGGUAGUUAUACCACAGCCACGGCGGUAAUUCCGCCCACUUGCUGUGAAUUCACCAACAAGGACGCUUUCCCGUCCGAUCCCGUAACAUUUUACAAUUCCAUGACAAAUAGCCAGUGUCCAACCAAUGCCGCCAACUCUUAUUACAAUCAGGGAUGUUAUGAUCAACUGCAGUCAAAGUUUGAGGCAUAUCUUUACAUUCUUAUCGGAAUAGCAGCGGGCGUCGGAGCGUUAGAGUUGAUUGGCAUAAUAGCAGCUUGCUGUUUAAUGAAAAAGGAUAAAGAUUCGGAUAUAUCAGAUGCAGCAAAAGCUUAAGGGACCAGAAAGGACAGGGGACUAAUUAACAUUGCGCUAUGUGUA